UUUGUCCGGUGUGGCCGGGGGAGCUCGCGCGAGUCUCGGGUCGCUUGAGGCGCAUCAAAGCGCCGCAGACUGCAGCACGUGGCGCGUGCUGUAGGUGGAGUGAUUUCAAACGGGGUGUAAAGUGAAACUCGAGGACAGGACCGGACCGGACAGGACGGGAGGGUGGAGCAGCGAAGAGGGCCGACUUCCCUAAAAAUCCUCAAACACCGUUGUGUGCUGUCUCUCCGUCCGGCGCUAUGGACCUUCUCCCGGGCCGUCACUGACCGUGUCUUUCGGGCUAAAAGCCUCCGCUCCCGGGAGCCGAAACCCGCGAUUCCGUGACUCCGAGCAGCCGCUGGUAACUUUCACAGCGCACGAGCGGCCCCGCGGAAGCGCUCGAGCGUCCCCCCCCCCCCUUCCCCCGAAUGGAGACGAACGGUCUGCUGGCCGUCAACGAAGCCUCCGAAGAUUAUGGCUCCUUGCCGGGCAGAGAGCGGGCAGGGCCGCCGGGGAGCGGGAGACGGAGGUCGCACACCUACGGCGGGCAGCCGUGCGGCGUCGAGAGGGGCACUGAUGCUGAGGAGCUCUACAUCCAGCAAGCUGUGGUACUGAUCGAGGACGCCAUGCAGUACCGCUCCAUCAACCACCGGGUGGAUGCCCGCUCCCUCCGCCUGUAUCGAGGGUACUACUCCAGCAUAUGCCAGUGGGGCUUGGGCCUUACCAUUGCGGUAGUGCUGCUGCUGGCGUUCGUGGAGCGCCCGUCCUCCCUGUCCAUCUCCUCGGACCCCCGCCAUCGCUCGGCGCCCUGGGAGCCACCCUGCGGCUUCACCGAAGGCAUCGAGAUGGUCUGCCUCCUCGUCUUCUGCCUGGAUCUGGCCGUUAAGGGAUACCUGAUUGGCUGGGAGGAAUUUCGAAAGAGCAAAUGGCUGAUCGCCUACACAGUAGUCAUUUCAUUCUCUUUCAUCGACUGGGUGUUGUCUGUCAGCAUGGCGUGUGAUGAGAAAUUGCGAGUGCGGCGACUCAUCCGGCCAUUCUUCCUGCUGCAGAACUCUUCCAUGAUGAAAAAGACGCUAAAGUGCAUCAAGAGGACUCUGCCAGAGAUUGCCAGUGUCAUCCUGCUGCUGGCGCUCCACCUGUGCCUCUUCACCAUGAUCGGCAUGCUGCUGUUCGCCAAAAGCGAGGAUCCCAAGAUGAACGGGGAGUGGAAGCUGCAUUUCAGAGACCUGCCCACUUCUCUCACCUCUCUGCUGGUGCUGCUCACCACAGCCAACAACCCGGAUGUGAUGAUCCCCGCCUACUCCCUGAACAGAGCCUACUCCAUCUUCUUUGUCACCUUCAGCGUGAUCGGGACCUACUGCCUGAUGAACUUACUGACGGCCAUCAUCUAUAACCAGUUUAGGGGAUAUCUGCUGAUGUCGGUCCAAACGUCCAUCAUCAGGAGACGACUGGGGAUACGAGCUGCUUUCCAAGUCCUGAGCUGCCAGGGAGCCCAGCAGGCUGCUGAGGAGCAUGUGGCUGUGGAACUGGUGCUGAAGACGAUGGCCAGGGUCCAGAUGAAGAGCUACUACAGAGAGGCCCUCACCAAGGAGGUGCACAAGUAUGCAGAUGUGGGCUACAUGGACCGAGAGCAGUUCAGGAAGAUAUUUGAUGAACUCGACAAAGAUUGCAUUAAGGAGCACCCUGCCUUGCCCCAGUACCAAUCUCCGGUCUUGCAGAAACUCCAGGUGGUCUUCAGUCACUACUUCCUUACUAUACUUGGCAACGCGGUGGCACUGGCCAAUGUCAUGUGCAUAUGUACCGUCCUGGUGUUGAAUGCUGAAAAGUCCACAGCAGAGAGAGACAACUACAUGAUCGAGAUCAUCAACCUGUGCUUCAUCCUUUACUACCUGUUUGAAGUGUGUGUGAAGAUCUUUGCCUUCGGGUGGAAGGGGUACCUGUCCUACAGGAACAACAUCUUUGAUUGCUUCCUCACCGUCCUGCUCUUGGUGCUACAGAUCACUAUAUUUGUCACUUACAGGCUUCCCUUUUCUCAGUGGGACCCUUCCUCUCAUGGUAUGUUGUCUCUGUGGGAGAUGGUUCGUUUGAUCAACAUGCUGAUUGUGUUCCGCUUCCUGCGUAUCAUCCCUGAUAUCAAGCUCAUGUCUUUGGUCGCAAGCACCCUGUUGGACCUGCUGAAGAACCUCAGAGCCUUUGCAGGGAUACUGAUGGUGGUGUACUACGUGUUUGCUGUGCUUGGCAUCUGGCUGUUUGAGGGAUCCAUUACACCUCCUUCAGAGAUGAGUGUGCUUUCCAAUACCUCCAUGGAGAACGUCACGUCUAACUUCAGCAUGCAGUGUGGCACCUAUGAGCAGCUGGAAUACUGGCCAAACAACUUUGAUGACUUUGCUGCCGCCAUCAUGUUGCUGUACAAUGUCAUGGUGGUGAACAACUGGCAGGCCUUCCUGGAAGCAUACAGCCGGCACACCACUGAUUGGUCAAAGAUCUACUUUGUCUGUUGGUGGCUCACCUCCUCGGUCAUGUGGGUCAACUUGUUUGUGGCUGUCAUUUUAGAGAACUUCAUCUACAAGUGGGACCGUAGUCACAGCUGCUCUGUUACCGAUGUGGAGAGGAUCAGAUAUGAAACAUCUGUUCAGCUCAUGUUCAGAGAGCAGAUCCAGGAGCCCACCGAAGAGGAAUUACUGUGUCAGUUAAACCUACACCCCCACUUACACCUACACUGGUGACACAGACACACACACACCAGCUCCUACAUGCACUUGUGAGUCAAGAGACUGCUGCUGUGGUGAAAGCACUGAGAUGUCAGUGUUCUACUAAAAGUGGAUUCUAAAUUAUUUUAAUAUGUAAUGACCUCUGAAACAAGUAUGGAAGGCGUGUUACGGUGAACCAUGUAUUCCAUGUUGGCAUUCUCUUCAGUAUUUGAUAAUGCCUUCACAAUAACUGCUCAAGAAUUUAAUCAAACUGUGACAAAACUUCUCUAGAGUGAAAUUAAAGAAUAUGCUUCAAAAUGAAGCAAUCGGGCAACAUUUAUUUCUCCAAUUAUGAAAAAAUCAAAAUUUGAGAAAGAUGGAGAUAGAAAACUGGACAAUAAAAAAUAACAAUAUCCACAACAAUGCCGAAGUGCCUUAAACCUGCAUUCUUUCUACUGGCCACAAGGAGGCGACUCCUCUCUUGGCAAAAAGAAGUCUGAUUCAUUGAAAAAAACGUGGCUUGAUUUAUUGCGUAAGUAAUCAUGAGUUUAUAAUCUCAACAUCUUGUUUCCAUUUUACAAUGAGAUAAAAUCACGCUGCGGACAGAGUUCUGCAUGGAAACCUUGUGUUACGUGUGGAUGAUAGGAUUCAAAGGAACAAGCUCUCACAUUGUGCGUCACCUCAGUUGUUUUUCUCUCAUUGUGACAACUGUUGCCUGUUUUUAUAACCCCUGAAACGGGCCAAACCACUUUAGCAACUAAAGAAUGAAUGAAUGAAAUGAAUUGUGUGUUUCCCAAACCGCACGAAAAAACCUCCACCAGGAACCAGGAGGUACCAGAAGUACUCAGAUUCCCCCCACAGUGCCCCACGCAGUGAAACACAACCACGUCACCCCGGUCUCACUUUGACAUAUCUGUUCCUUGUUUUGACAUCCUGCAGUUAAACAGAAACAAAGGCCAGUGACUAGAGUUUCUUUCUUUAUAUCCAACAAGGUUUGAUGCACAUGUCCGAAAGGGGCAGAUGUUCUGGCAGUGUUUGUGGUGCCGGUGAGGGAGGAGGCUGCGUGUGGGUUAUCAUCCUUGUGAAAUUUGCCAUUAAGUCAAAUCUGUUUUUUUGUUGUUUUUUUUAGAAAUGAAAAAGUGCCUUAGUGUUUCUAAAGUUAGCAGAAGUUAAAUGCUGAUUAUUUUUAAUGAAAACUGUAUAAAAAUAUCUAAAAACAUAUUUUAAAUAAAUAAUUUGCAAAAA